AUUAUCUCCAUCACAAUAAAACCCUUCUUCUCUGCUAAAAGCGCAGCUCUCGCACUCAAAACCCUAAGAGAGAGAACUUAGCAAAGGAUAAUAAAACAUGGUUCAGCGGCUUACAUAUCGGAAACGGCACAGCUAUGCCACCAAGUCGAACCAGCACCGGAUCGUCAAAACCCCUGGAGGAAAGUUGGUGUAUCAGACCACAAAGAAGAGAGCAAGUGGUCCUAAGUGCCCUGUUACUGGCAAGAGGAUUCAAGGGAUCCCUCACUUGAGACCUGCUGAGUAUAAGAGGUCAAGAUUGUCAAGAAACAGGAGGACUGUGAACCGGGCUUAUGGAGGUGUAUUGUCUGGUGGUGCUGUUAGAGAAAGGAUUAUUCGAGCAUUUUUAGUUGAAGAGCAAAAGAUUGUGAAAAAGGUGUUGAAGAUUCAAAAGGCCAAGGAAAAGCAAUCCUCUAGAAGCUAGGAUCAAAUGUCCAAUGUUUUAGGCGAUUUGUCGAAACAGCCAGUGCUAGUGAAUUAUGGAAACUAUUGAGGGCAUUCCAUUUUGAACUUGUAUUUUGUUUUGGCUAUUAUGAACUAUGUUUUCUAGUCCGUCUUCUUUUAACUGGUCUACAAAUUAUGUUGCAAUUUUGUUCUGUUUUAUUAUUCUCCCUUGAUGCUUUCUUGAACUUUUGCUUGCAUCACUUGUGUAAUGACAGGUUACUUGUUAUUGAAAUUAAUUUGUUUCUUAAA